CUUGCCCUGUCCCCUCGCCGCCCGCGCCCGUGGAGUUCUUCGAUCGAGUCCUCGGAGCCCGGAGCACCUGGUGCAACAAUCCGGACCCGCGCGAGGAAGGGCGGAGAGAGAGCCGAAUCUGAGCCUCGGCACAAGUUGGGCACCCGUCAAGAUUCUCGGCCCGAUCUGCUGCGGAACAUGGAGCUGGACAGCAUCGAGUGCAUGUCCUACUCCGACAGCAUGGGGGACGACGACACCGACGCCGUCACCUCGUCCCAGCUCCCUCGCCCCUUCCUCAAAUCCUCCUCCACCGCCGGUACUGCCGCCGUCAACGUGGUCGUCGUCUCCGACCGCGUCGGUGCCGCCGGGCCGGUAGCGGGAGCGGGUUCGCUGGUGAUUUCGCCAGCCACGGGCGUGCACGAGCUGCUCGAGUGCCCCGUCUGCACCAAUUCCAUGUACCCGCCUAUCCACCAGUGCCAAAAUGGUCAUACUCUAUGUUCCACCUGCAAAACUCGGGUGCACAACCGCUGCCCAACUUGUCGACAAGAGCUAGGUGACAUCAGGUGUCUGGCAUUAGAGAAGGUGGCUGAAUCACUUGAGCUCCCCUGCAAAUACUACUCUCUUGGAUGUUCAGAAGUCUUCCCAUACUACAGCAAACUCAAGCAUGAAUCACAGUGUAAUUUUAGGCCAUACAACUGCCCUUAUGCUGGUUCUGAAUGCUCAGUUGUUGGGGAUAUUUCUUUUCUUGUGGCACAUCUGCGAGAUGAUCAUAAAGUGGACAUGCACUCUGGAUGUACAUUUAAUCACCGCUAUGUCAAGUCCAAUCCAAGAGAGGUUGAAAAUGCAACUUGGAUGCUAACUGUUUUUCAUUGUUUUGGGCAGUACUUUUGCUUGCACUUUGAGGCAUUUCAGCUUGGAAUGGCACCAGUAUACAUGGCUUUCCUCCGGUUUAUGGGCGAUGAAAAUGAUGCUAGGAACUACAGCUAUAGCCUUGAGGUUGGUGCAAAUGGCAGGAAGAUGAUAUGGGAGGGAACUCCCCGCAGCAUCCGGGACAGCCACCGGAAGGUUAGGGACAGCCAUGAUGGUCUAAUAAUUCAGCGCAACAUGGCUCUCUUCUUCUCAGGUGGAGAAAGGAAAGAGCUGAAACUGCGAGUCACAGGCCGUAUCUGGAAGGAGCAGCAGAAUCCUGACUCAGGAGCCUGCAUUCCCAAUUUGUUCAGCUGAGCUCAGUAACAAGAGGAUGGAUCCAGGUGUAUAUUGAUACGGCCGAUGUGUUUGUGUGAGCGUGUGCCUGUGCUUUGCGUUUUGUCCUGCCAAGCUGCCAUUGCAGCCCGCCCUAAAUUAGUCAGGGCGUAUUUACUGUUGGCAGGAUAAUGAAAAUACUGGCUUACUCCUUUUGUGGGCUGUGACUAAGCUCCCAUGAAUCUCACGAUAAGCAUUUUUCUCG